AUGAGUUUACCUACUCCUUCGUCUUCUAACUCGACAACUGGAGGAUUUUCUAUCCCUCAACCUGGAGCGUCACUGCUUUUGUCCUUCUCUUUCAGACCAUCACCGUACUCUCAACCAGCACCCUUUUUCAUCCUUGGUUCUGGACCUUUAGCCGCACAACGUGCUUUUGCCGCAAUCGAAGCCAACGCUUCCGUUGUUGUCCUCGGAAAAGGUAACUUAAAAACCGUUUGCGAAGAACUCAGAUGGAGAGUAAACCACGGGCAGGUUAGCUGGGUUGAUCUAGACCAAUUUUCCGACAUUGCACACGAUACAGAACUCGUGAACCCGGAUCUUGUGGAUACAUUCGCUCUGGACAAAUAUUUUUCCGGCCUCCCGCCUUCAGUCUCCCCGAAGUUCCUUUGUAUAACAGAUACGUUACUCUCCACCACAACCCGUCGAUCCCGAGCGUCCGCUCGCUCCAUUCACACUCUUUGCCAUUCCCGGAAUAUUAACGUCAACACGACAGAUUAUCCUGAUUUAUGCGACUUUUCGUUCGCUACUGCAUAUCGAUUCCCGGAUCCCCCAGUAAUCUCAGGAGGCUCUUCAUCUGCACACCUCCCCACUAACGGGGGAGCACUCCAAAUAGCAAUUACUACAAACGGUCAAGGAUGUCGCCUCGCUGGACGUAUCAAGCGCGAAAUUGUGGCUCGAUUACCGAGAGAUGUUGGCAAGGCUGUCGGGAAUGUAGGAAAGAUGAGAGCAUUGGCAAAGGAGAGGGACAGGAAUGCAGAACAAAUAUCCCCUUCUAUCCUUGGGUUUUCAAGCCCUUCAGCGACGGAAGAUUCCGAAGAACUCGAUCCUUGUGCAGACACUGAUACAGCACCUACGCCAAAUUCACCUGUACCCCAGCGUCCAGGUCGGACGGAUUCCAUUCAAGAGAAUGGUUUGAGCCCAGAUGUUGAAACAACCGCUGACCGCACACGCCGGCGAAUGAAAUGGGUUGCCCAGAUUAGUGAAUAUUGGCCGCUUGAAAAGCUUGCUGCCAUGACAGAAAAAGACAUGAAGGGGUAUCUAGAGGAUGAGGGUGCAGAAACAGAAACAAAAGCAGAGGUAGAUCCUUCCAUAACUCCGAUGGAGACUCAUUUGAGUUGCAUGGCAAUUACGAAGUCGCAAUUACCACCAUUUUCUGUACCACCCCCUCCUCCGACCUCAAUACAUUCAAUAUUCCCAUCACCACCCAACCCCAUCAAACCCGGACAGAUCCUGCUUAUUGGAUCCGGUCCCGGCCACCCUUCCCUCCUCACCAUCGCAGCCCAUCGUGCUCUCACCGAACUAGCUGAUAUUGUAUUAGCGGACAAGCUCGUUCCCGCUGCAGUUUUGGCGCUGAUACCGAGCAGGGUUGAGGUAGUGAUUGCAAAGAAAUUUCCAGGGAAUGCAGAUAGGGCUCAGCAGGAGAUGAUGGAGAGAGCCUUGAAGGAAGCCAGGAAGGGGAGAUGUGUUGUCAGAUUAAAACAAGGCGAUCCAGCAAUAUACGGUCGUUUCGGUGAGGAAAUUCUAUACUUCCGCAACCCACCCCCUCGGUCUCCUUCUACCACCACUCCUGCCGUAGAUCAUCCUCCGUUACCACCCACACUCGUAAUCCCCGGAGUCUCCUCUGCUCUAGCUGCUCCGACAAUGUUCGACAUACCCUGUACCCAACGUGGCGCUUCCACAUCCUUCCUGAUCACAACACCCGUCGGUAAGGGCGGCAAGAUGCUCGACAUGCCCAAAUACGAACGUGCUCGAACGGUGGUCGUGCUUAUGGGUGUCGCUAGACUAAGAAGCGUCGUCAAAACCUUAAUCGGCUCAGGGAAAGAUGCCGGCGAUUACCCUCCUUACCUCCCGAUAGCUAUAAUCGAACGCGCUUCGAUGCCUGACCAGAGAGUGGUAGAAUCUACUCUGGAAGACAUUGAGCACGCAAUGGAGAGUGCUGAGGUUGGGGCGCAAAGACCCCCUGGGAUGAUGGUUAUCGGAUGGAGUGUGUCGGCACUUUGGGGAGAUGGAAAUGUGGACGUUCUGAAUGAAGGUGAUGAUGGGGAGGGUGAAAGUUUAGAAAAGCGUGCUAGUGAGCGUACUGGCAUUCUACGGGAGGCUAGUAAGGCUAUCGAGGGAGAAUUUCGGGAGAAGAACGAACAAGAGAUGAAACAAAGUGAAGGUACACAGAUAGGUAAUCCAGAGGAUGUCAGACGUGUACGAAAUUGGUUAGGCGAUGGUGUACGUUGGAGGGUUCGUGAGGGCCUUGCCUCUACUUGGGAUAUGUUCAACAUUAAUUCCGAGUGA